AUGAAUUCUUGUGUGCCAUACGAAGAUGAAUCACCGUCAGAAUGCAUUAGUCAAGCUUUGGCAGGGGGAUAUGUGCAUGGCGUUUACUAUUCAUCGAAUAAAGCCUGGUGCACAUGGAGAAACCUUAAUAAGGACAUAAAUGAGUUCCCGGACGACAGUAUGCGAAAAGAUCCUCGAUGCGCACCCGAAGCUUCCAAGCAGUUGGUUACACCGCCGGAGGGAGCAGAAGUGUCGAUAGAAAACACCUCACAGUAUCCAGAAGUGCCCCCGGAUAUUCGAUGCAUGACGCCUGUUUUCCACCCAAAUAUAAUGCUGCCGACAGAUUCCGGCAGGACAUGCAUAAAUCUAUGGAAGAACUGGAACAGGUCGUUCACUCUGGUUGAUUUGGCGAACGCACUUCUAUAUUUGUUCUAUCAACCAAACUUCGAGGACCCAAUGAAUUCUUGUGUGCCAUACGAAGAUGAAUCACCGUCAGAAUGCAUUAGUCAAGCUUUGGCAGGGGGAUAUGUGCAUGGCGUUUACUAUUCAUCGAAUAAAGCCUGGUGCACAUGGAGAAACCUUAAUAAGGACAUAAAUGAGUUCCCGGACGACAGUAUGCGAAAAGAUCCUCGAUGCGCACCCGAAGCUUCCAAGCAGUUGGUUACACCGCCGGAGGGAGCAGAAGUGUCGGCAUCCGAAACAAUACCGCCAGCAUCUGCAACUGAACUGGAAUGCCAAAACAACGAAGGUGACUCAUCUACAGUGGACGAACGGGACGUAAUCUGCACCGUAAGACCGCGGUAUUCCAAUGAUAGCUCUAUCUCACAAUACAGCUGGCAAUUUAGUGAGGUAUCUUCUGGAGGAGAACUGUACUUUGAUGCUUUUUGGAUGGAAGUGCAUGACGUACAAUGGUUGACCGAGUUUCCUGAUGAGGACCCCGUAGUUCGCCGUUAUUAUUUCGUGGAAUCUCACAAAUCUGCCGAACGCUUCGCUUUUGCGUGUGGACCACACGAAGAUCCACGUCCUGUGGUAAGAGAGGGGGGAUUAUUGUUCACGUUACAACAAGGUCGUUCGCGUCACUGGAAUGCCACAGUGACCAACUUUGUACCAGUUUCAGUUCCAUGCGGACAAGAUGCCGAUGUCCACUGGCAAGAAUUCGAGUCCCAACUUACAUUCAAGCUCAGGCCGUUACACUGGCUCCUUCAACAAACAAGGUGGCCAAACUAUGCUCUUCCAGGCUAUUUCAUAACGCCAUGCUUAACUGACGCUGACUCCGUAACUUCAUGGCCCAGAGCCUCUGCAAAACGGCUGUUUGCCGACUUGAAAAACAGAAUGAAGGGUUUCUCAAACUUUGAACCUCUUCAUUUGAUUACAAUUGAUCCCUUGACUCUAUCCAUAUUCGCUCCCAUAUGCAACCGGAUGAUCAACGCGCGCCCACGUACUGAACCAGGAGAACGUUCACGUUUCUUGCUCAGCAUCGAAUGGCUUUCACUGUGGGAUUGCAUCUUCCCACCUGUUCCAAAUGCUCCUACCCGUAUCUAUCGCUUCUUUGGAAUGUCCAUUGUUUUAUCAACCGCAUUCCUUUCUAAUUGGCUGGGGUGGCUGUCGCGAAUGGAACUGCAACAUUUCAGCUUCGGCUUUACUCGGCCGGGAUGCACUGCCUUCUCUCCAGUACGACGUGUGACCGAUGCAUUUGCACUAUCUUCCAUAUAUCCACUAUCCCUUGGCUGUGGCCAGUUGCCUGCGUUUGAUGCUUGGCCUUGUGUGCUUUUGUGGCAGACUAGUAGACUUUUGGCAGGUGGAUUAGGACGGUUAUUUGGAUUAAUCACCCACAAAUUCUACGAUCAAUCCACAAGUAAUCCGUACGCGAAUUCGCAACGCUGUGGAAUGUGUCCAACCCGGGUCUUCUUUGCCUUUUCUGAUGUGGAUGAGAUUUAA